UUUUGUAAUUUAUGAAAUAAUUUAGAAAAUGACUUCAAGAGGCGAAGACGAAUAUGACUACUUGUUCAAAGUGGUCCUCAUAGGAGACUCAGGAGUGGGCAAGUCCAAUUUGUUAUCCAGGUUCACUAAGAAUGAGUUUAACUUAGAGUCUAAGACUACUAUUGGGGUUGAGUUUGCUACUAAGACGAUUGAAUGAGAAGAUAAAGUUAUUAAAGCACAGAUUUGGGAUACUGCUGGCCAAGAGAGGUACAGAGCUAUUACUAGCGCUUAUUACAGAGGAGCAGUUGCAGCAUUGCUUGUGUACGAUAUUACUAAGAUGAAUACAUUCACCAACGUUGAAAAAUGGCUCCAAGAAUUAAAAACUUAUGCAGAUGAUAAUAUUGUAGUGAUGCUUGUUGGUAAUAAAACAGAUCUAGCCAACUUGCGUGCAGUCAAGGUAGAAGAAGCCAAAGGCUUCGCUGAAAAGAAUGAAUUGGCAUUUAUUGAGACCAGCGCUUUGGACUCCACCAAUGUUGUUGAAGCCUUUGAGCAGAUAAUACAAAUUUACCAUCAAAUGGGCUCAGAACAUAUUCGUCAGAAUGAUGAUGAUGACGAUGGUGACGAUAAAAUAACUAAAGGAAAGCCAGUAGAAGGUAUCUCUAGUCAUCUUCGUAAUCCUGUGAAGCUCACUCAAGCAAGUACAGAAGCUGAUAAAUCUAAAGAGAAGAAGAAAGGAUGAUGCUAAAUAACCCGUUAAUUUCCUACAAAAGAAGUAAGUCAAUUUAAACC